UGGCGCUGUGUUCAGUCGUGAAACGAAACAUCAGUGCGAUAACAAUGGAGUAGUUGCUAGUUUUAAAGAAGCCACUCAGGCUAAGUGUUAUGGGUUGUACCGUUAAGAUAACAGAACGACAGAAAUCAAAAAGAAAUUGAUAACGACGACGACGGACACGUUCCUUUGUUUUGAAGAUCAAUCAGUUUUUACGGAUUAUCGAACUUAUUAAUUUAGUUCAACUUCUAGAAAUCUGAAAUCGAAAUCAAAUAUGAGGACGUUUGAUGAAAAGAUACCAACGCGGCCGAGCCGACCGAACAGUUUGGAACUUGAUAAUUGCCUUACAAUGGAUAACGAAUGCUUCUUCCCCGACUUUGUGAAUAAUAACACGACUCCACCCCCGCAACAGACACGAAAUAGAAAACGAAAAAGGAGGGCAGCAGAUAUUCCGGUUAAAAAAUUUAAUGAUUUGUACAAAGCUACUGGAGAAAUUUUAGGACAUGGUGCAUAUGCUGCUGUCCAAACAUUUGUUAAUUUGGCCAACCAAAAAGAAUACGCAGUCAAAGUUAUUGAAAAGAAACACAAUUUGAAUCGAAGUAAAGUCUUCAAAGAAAUAGAAAUUUUCCAUUCCUGUCAGGGCCAUGAGAAUAUUUUAAAUAUGGUGGAAUAUUUUGAAGAAGAGGAACAAUUUUAUUUGGUUUUUGAAAAAAUGGAGGGUGGAACUUUAUUAGCGAACAUUGAAAGACGGGGACACCUGACGGAGAGAGAAGCCAGCUUAGUGAUCCGUGAUAUCGCUAAAGCCUUGGAUUUUCUUCACCAGAAAGGGAUUGCCCACAGGGACCUAAAACCAGAAAACAUUCUUUGUCUGAAGGCUGAUGAGGUGACACCAGUUAAAAUAUGUGAUUUUGAUUUAGCGAGUGGCAUUCCUUUAAUGACCGACCAAGAUGCAGAUAGCGUUAAAACCCCAGAAUUAUUAACCCCAGUUGGUUCCGCAGAAUAUAUGGCCCCAGAAGUGGUUAACGCAUGGAUUGGUGAAUCUUUUUCCUACGAUAAAAAAUGUGACUUAUGGAGUUUGGGAAUCAUAUUGUAUAUUACCUUAUGUGGUUAUCCACCUUUUUAUGGUCAAUGUGGUGAAGAUUGUGGCUGGGAGAGAGGAGAAGCUUGCACUGAUUGCCAAGAAAGGUUAUUUUUACGUAUUCAGGAAGGAACUUUUGAAUUCCCUGAUGUUGAGUGGAGUUGUAUAUCUGAAAAGGCCCGGGAUUUAAUUCGACAUCUGUUAGUACGUGAUCCAAGAUCCCGCUUUUCAGCUGCUCAAGUUUUAUCCCAUCCGUGGAUUUCCCAGCCCCCUGCAGCCACGCCCCUUGCUACUCCACAUGUACUUACCAGAAAUAAUAGUACCAAAGAUCUGGAAUCGUUUGCUGAUGCUGCUAUCUCCAUCAAUCGUAUGAUGCAACAGCACAUGAUGAUAUCGGAAACUCCACGAUUUUAUGUCGGCGACGAGCGAGAUAUUAGUGAAGAGGACGACAGCAGUAUUGAUCCUGAUGUGUUUGAUCGUAGUAUGCGAUUAUCGCCCCCAGGAAGUUCGAGCCUUGCCAAGCGACGAGUUGCAUUUCAAGAUAAAAACAAUAUGUUUGGUUCAAGCACGAGUGGAGAUAGCGUGUCAUUCCCGAGUUCUGGUAGCUGGUCGUAAAAACAUUAACACAAAUUGAAAAUAUAUCACAAACUUUACGAAAGUGUAAUCCUCAAGAAACAAAAUAGCAAGUCACCUUUCAUCAAAUGUCAGCCUUGUCUUUCAUAAUAAUAUAGAUAUCAAAAAGACGAAAGGUAAAAUAUAAUAUAAAAUAAUAAUUAAUCUACUAUGACCUCAGCUAUAUGUGAUUAGUGAUAAUUCCAAAUGGAUUUAGUAUAAAAAAAACAAAAAAUAGUCAUUGAGGAAAAAAAAUAUAUAAUAUAAUCGAAAGAUGUUUGUGCAAAAGCAAAAAAAAAAUAAUAAUUCAGUAUUUUAUUUGUCAUUGUUUUUACAUGACUGACUUCCAUCGUUUUAUAAUGUUUAUACUUUAAUACUAUUUAAUAAAAAGUUUGCGUAUAAAGUUUCAACUUCCGCUAAUUUUUAGAAAUGGGAGUAAGGACGGAAUAAGUGCUACCCAUUUAAAAUGUUAUAUUCUUCUAGUCGGGUGAUAAAUGCAGGUGGUUGUUGGAAAAAAAAAUCUAGGUUUUGUUUAUCGAAAUGUUUUAGGAUUUGUUUCAAGUUUAAAAACAUUACGAGACCAAUCUUUUGAUAUCUCUGACAGUCGACCUCCUAUUCACUUCUUGCGCCAUUUCAGCGAGAGGGUUUUAGUUCAUCUUUUUGAUGAGGUUAGUUUUGUUAUUCGUUGUUUUCAUUUGUUCUAAUAAUUUCAUGUGAAAUCCCCAUUUUUAGCAUUACCAUGUCUUCGUCAUAUAACAUCAAUUUAUACUCAAAUCUGAUUGGUUAGAUCAAUUUCUUAUACUCAAAUCUGAUUGGACUAAAAAUUCAAAAAUGAUCAUUCCAUAUUAUAUAUUAUGUAUAUAUAAAACAAAUAUACUCAAUUCAUAUAAACUUAAAUGUUUUGUAUCAUAUCAAAAAAAAAAUAAGUAUGUCGAGACCGAUCUCCCGAAAUAGUGUUAAAAUCUGCUAAAAUAAAAAAACAAUUUGGACUCAUUAUCUCACCAUGUACGGGAGAGGACAGAUCAGCUCAAUAUCGCGAUGGGUUUAUUUUAUAUAUUAAAUACGCGAUUUUUUUUUUUUUUACUUUAAAAUGGCCAUUGGCAUAAUGAAAAGAGACACUUCAAAGUCGAUAAUAAAGGGCCAGAGUUUUCCACAAAUGUCGGCUGGGAUCGAAAUGUCCCGAAAAAAACUGUGAUAUGAAUACUGUGUAUUUUAGUCAAACAAAAUGUUUGCUAAUUGAUAAACUCGAGAUGAUAGUUGGAAGCAAUGCAGAGAAGUUUGUGCCUUUUUAAAAAAAAAAAAAAGUGAUAUAUUUAGAAAGAAAUAAUAGAAUCUCCGUUUUCAUGGAAACCACAAAGAGUUUAUAUAUUAUGGUGUAUUUUUCUCUAAAAAGUUACUAUAGUCUUCAACGAUUUGGAAAUCAUGGAUCAAUUUCCUGUUGACAAUCUGAUUUAAAAAAAACGUAAAAGAACUAUAAAAUUCCAAUUGCUAGAGAUAAACAAAUUCCAAAUGUUUUGUUGCAAAACCUUAGUAUGUGAGUUGAAAGCAUUUAAAGUGCAAUGUUAGUGUUAAUAAUUAUGAAGUGUUAAAUUAAUUAAUUUGCAAAGAUUGGGCAUUUUUAUAUAUUUUGAUAUACUGCAUGUUCAAAUAAACAAAACAGUUGUAUAAAAGAACGUGCUGGAUAGAAAGACUGAGAAAACGACCAGAAAAACUAUUUCGUCCAGAGUUUUUGUGCCGUUUUUAGCCACAGUUAUAAUGAAAAUAUGUAAGUCAUAUGCUAUAGAAUGAUUUUAAAUUUUCUGUCGUUUUUCUACUGUUUUUUCUCAGUCUUUCUAUUAUGUGAGGAUUCAAAGGGCAUUGUCAACUUCCAUAAAUAAAGAGCUUUUUUUUUUCUCUGAAAUGUAAUUAAUUCCAUGCCCCAUUUCUAUGAAAAAAACAGGUAAUUUUCUGUGAAAAUUUCAAAUUAUAUUAAUUGUUUUCUAUUCCCUCUUUAACCAAUAAAUAGUAUCUAUUUUAUUUGAGACAACUGGAAUGGACAAUGGAUAUAAAAUGUUUUUUUGUGGUUAGAAAUGGAAUUAUUACGUUUUGACCAACAAAAAGCUCUUCAAGUACAAGUAGAUAAAUUGUGUGAAAUAUUCAUGCUUAUUAUUCCUAUUGUUACAUCAUAUCAUGUUGUCAUGUUGUCAUCAGAAUUUACAACAUAAUGUCACUUUAGAGACAUUUGUACAUUAUGUAUAUAUUGUCAUCUAGGUGGUCUUCAGAGAUAAAUAUCACUCUGAACAAGAUUUUUCCAUUUUUGUAUAAAGUUCAAUUGGGUCACAUUUAAAAUUAACAUUAGUAAAACUGAAAACUUGAAAAUCGAAAAAGUUAAAAAACGUGUAAAGUUAAUGCCCAUGAUAUUCUUAUUGUUAUUUUCAUAUAAAGGUGCUUUGUAACAGGGCUCUUGUUGUUAGUAAUAUUUGCCGGUCUUGACUGACUAAUAUUUAAAUUUGACCAGAUGAUAAAUUUGCUUGUCAGUCAAUUUACAUGUGAUAGAGAAUCUAUAUAUAUAUAUAUCCUUCAUACAAUUUAAGCAUUUAUAGUUUUUUAUUUACGUAAGACACUAAACUAAAAAAUUGUUGUCUCUGAACAGAUUUCUGGUCAAAAUGAAGUUAAACUACAUAUACAUGAGAAAUUGACUGGCUAGCAAACUGGUAUAAGUAAAGAGCCCUGGUUUGUAAUGUGUUAUUCCUAUGUUUUAGACAGCCAGGUUUAUACCGGGGUUGUAAUGUUAAAAAUUGGUGCCAAGUUAAUACAUGUAUCUAAAACCUUGUCUUUAAUACCGAUCUCAGGGCCUGAAGCAUUGUUCAAAUGACAAAAUUCAGACAUUUUCAUUGAAAAUCGGUGACAAGUAAUGUUUGAAUUGAUGAAAUUUUAAGAAAUGCGUUGUGAAAAAUUUCAUGAUGAAAUAAAGUUUUAUUUUUUACAAGUUAA